AUGUGGGCGCGGAUCCGAGAGCACAUUCGAGCGCCGAGAAACCACAUCGGCAGAGCCAUUGCCGCGAAUCUCGUCGGCUUCGCUACGUGGAUUCCCGUCAUGGCGUGGUUCAACCUCCACGUGGCCGAGCUGACGCUCGUGGACGGGGCGUCCAUGUACCCCUUUAUGAACGAGGACAAAGACUCGACGCUGCGCAGGGACCUGGUCCUCAACUACAAGUGGUCGCCGCUGGAUGGCCUGCAGCGAGGCAUGGUCGUGACGCUGAGGAGCCCGGUGCACCCGGAGGUGACGGCCAUCAAGCGGGUGGUCGGCCUGGAGGGCGACGUGGUGAGGACGAGGCGGCCGUAUCCGGUGCAGACGGUCAGGAUUCCGCAGGGCCAUGUGUGGGUGGAGGGGGAUGGGCGCCCGGGGUCGAGCCUGGACAGCAACACGUACGGGCCGGUGUCGCAGCGCCUGCUGACGGGCAGGGUCACGCACAUUGUGUAUCCGUGGAGGAAGUUUGGGCCGGUGAGGUGGUGGGAGCACGGGCGGCGGCUGGUCGAGUGA